ACAAUGAAUAUUAGUUGACAACCCUAAGUGGCUAAGCACGCAAUCUUUCCCCGGCAAGUAAAGCGAGUUAGACGAGAAGCACACUAGUCAGUCAGCCAUCGUGAGCCUCGUCGCUUGCCAAACUUUCUUGUGCUGUUGUGUUUGAAACUACUUGAUAUUGCGCGCUGGAGGCAAGAUGAAUUCAGAAGUGAACGAAUGGUACAAAGGGCGUAAUGUCCUCGUCACAGGAGCUUCAGGGCUCAUGGGGAAGGUUCUCAUUGAGAAGAUGCUAUACAGCGUGCCCGAUAUAGGCUGUGUGUACGCACUCGUGCGCUCCAAGCGGGGCAAGACGCCGGAAUCACGCAUUGAAGAUAUGUGGAAACUACCGCUGUUCUCAAGAAUAAGAGAAGAGAAACCACAUAUGAUGAAGAAACUCGUUCCCGUAUCUGGUGAUAUCAUGUACGACAAUUUAGGAAUUGAUUCUAAAAUAUUGGAACAGAUUUAUGAUGAGGUAUCGGUGGUGUUCCACUUUGCGGCCAGCCUCCGCCUCGAGGCGCCGCUGAAGGAGGGUCUGGAGAUGAACACCAAGGGCACCAUGAGAGUGCUGGAUGUGGCCAAGAGAAUUAAAAACCUCGUAUCCUUUGUACACCUUUCUACGGCUUUCUGUUACCCUGAUUAUAGCAGGAUGGCUGAAAAGGUUCACGACCCACCGGCGAAUCCUCACGAAGUAUUGCAAGCGGCUAGUUGGCUGACCGACGAGCAGGUCAACCUCCUGACGCCGACCUUGCUGCAGUCGCACGCGAACUCAUACACGUACUCCAAGAGGCUCGCAGAAACUCUUGUCAAGGAGCAAUACCCUGAACUGCCAGUAUGCGUAGUGCGACCGAGUAUCGUGACCCCUUCGUAUAAGGAACCGGUAGAAGGUUGGGUGGACAAUUUGAAUGGUCCUGUAGGGUUGAUGGUAGGCGCGGGUAAGGGUGUCAUCCGCUCCAUGCACUGCAUCGGCCACUACCACGCUGAAGUUAUCCCGGUUGAUAUCGCUAUUAAUGCUAUAAUUGUGAUCCCUUACUACAUCAACUCUCUACCCGAAAGAAGUCCAGAAAUUCCGGUUUUCAACCUGACAUCGGGUGAUGAUAGAGAUACAACGUGGAAGGAGGUACUCGACGUUGGAAAGGCGACAGUCCGGAAAUAUCCUUUCGAAGGUCCCCUCUGGUACCCGGACGGGAACAUUCGUCAUAACAAAUUCAUACACAGCAUCUGCGUCUUGUUCUUCCACAUACUACCCGCCUAUCUCAUCGACUUCUUAAUGCUUAUAUUUGGACAGAAAAGAUUUAUGGUACGGAUCCAAAAUCGCAUAUCAGUUGGGUUGGAAGUCCUCCAAUACUUCACAACUCGCGAGUGGUGGUUCGACACGCACAACUUUAAAGCAUUGUCUACGCGCCUUAAUCAGGUGGACACGAAGACCUUUCCGAUGGACUUGAAAAUAAUCGAAGUGGAACCUUACAUCGAAAGCUGCAUGUUGGGAGCUAAAAUGUUCUGUCUAAAGGAAAAACUCGAGAAUCUUCCCAAAGCAAGACUGCAGAACAAUAUACUCUACGUUCUUGAUUUGGUGGUGACUGCUUUCGUGUUCUACCUUCUACCAUUAUACUUGUUAGCUACAUACGUCGAGCCUUUCAGAAUGCUACUCUCAUUUGGAGGUCCAUUUGUUAGAUAUCUGCCACUUGUAGGAAAAGCUGUGUUUACAGAGGGUUAGAAUUGUCUUAACAGAUUUUUUAUGUAAAUAGUACUGUAAAUUAAAUCAAUAUUUUGCAUACAUUUAAAGGGACUAGUUUUAAACAAAUUUUAC